GUGGUUAAUAGAUUUGGCUGUUCUGUAUCUCUGUUCUUCACACCUGGUAGAUUUAAAAUAUAUUUGAUACACAAACCCUAACAUUUUUUUUUUUUACUGUGUCCAUACUUUAGCAUUUAUAAUUUGGCAUCACUCUUGCUCCCAGUUGUUUGGAAAUCCACCAUUCACUGUGUGGGCAGUAUUUUUAUCGGUAAAAAUUAAUGUAUGGAUUUAAGCACACUAUUCUCCCGAAAUUCUGAUCGAUAGCAACGAGCAGCACCGACCUGAAGUAUUAAAGCGAUACUUCCUCUUACGGACAACAUUGCUGGAGAUAUGACGAUAACAAAGAGAGUCUCGUCAUCUUGUUAUUGAGGUCCGCUCUGUGUCGGUUUUUUUUUAUCUGGGUGAAAUGAAUUUCUUUCGUAAUCGUCUUUUUGUUUUGGGCCUGGUGCUUCUGGGCACAUUGCUGCUGUACCUGCUGCUACCGUCCAUUCGCCAGGGCAAUACAGAGCCAUCCCUGACAGCUCAAAGAGUAGGGCUGCUGACCACUGCUCCCCCUGCUAUCCCAUCCGUCAAUGUGUCCAUUCGCACUGGACAAUUACCCGGGGACCCACCACUGUUCUUCCGAGAAGCUUUACCUGUAGAUGGAGCCGGACGGCAAAUUUUGCCAAGGCUGCAAGUUGUCCUUCUACAUGGCCAGGCUUUCACUUCCAGGACCUGGGAAGAACUGGGUACCAUGGCUCUGCUGGCAACUAAUGGCUAUCAGGCUUUAGCAAUGGAUCUGCCAGGGUAUGGAAAGUCACCUGACUCGGAGGCUCUGAAGACCGACCAGAACCGAGUGGACCUCCUUGCAAGGUUCAUGGAGUCUUUGGGUGUCAGGGCAGCUGUGCUUUUGAGCCCUUCAAUGAGCGGACAUUACUCCAUCCCUUUCCUCUUGAAGAACAGUGCUAAGCUACAAGGCUUCGUUCCUAUUGCACCUGUUGGUACCCGGAGUUAUUCUCCACAACACUACAACAAUAUUCAGACUCCUACUCUGAUUGUAUUUGGAGCGCUGGACACAAAUCUGGGUGCCCAGUCCCACAAGAACCUCCUACAACUUCCUAAUCACUACGUGCUCAAAUUGGAAGGAGCUCGCCAUGCUUGCUACAUGGACAAACCUCGUGAAUUUCACCAGGGAUUGAUGGAAUUCCUCAGAAAACUUGAGUGAAAUGUGUAUUAUAGGAAGAUAAGUUUUAUUUUCAUGUUAUCAGCAGAAGAAAGAUAAUGGUUAUGGGUGUCUUUUUUUUUUUUCUUUCAGAUAACGUAUAACGGUACAGGUGUUUCCACUGUUUCAAUUAAAACUCCAUAGCUUAGCUCAGCUUGUUGUUAAAAAAAUGCUUUAGAUAUGUGUAGCAUCGAGUCAUGUUUCAUGAGUUGUAUGUCCUGCAUGUUAAAACACAGAACGUGCUUGAAUCACUGUUGCCACAUUUGUGGAUCACUUUUAUGUAAGUUGUAAAUAUGCAAGUGCUGCCGUUGCCUGUAUUUAAAGCUUCUUUCAUUUUCACUCAAGAGAAACAGACUUAAACAUAAAAGCAACGACCUCUGCUUCCAACUAAAAGGUUGUGCUUGAUUAGAGCCGGCUAUACUGAUGAAUAUUGUAAUAAAAGAUGUACACAGGACUAUAGACCGUAUAAAAAUGAUUAAAAUGUAUGUAUAUAGUGUGGA